CUUCCUACACAGCAAAUAUCGCGGUAUCACCUCACUCAAAAUGGCUACCAUGUAAGCCAGCUGUGAGAGCCCACUGUACUGCGAGAGAUAGCGCGUCCUAGAAGAGCUCAGCCGCCAUGGAUAAAUCAGAAGAUCCCCCAGCAGACCAACAAAGUAAAGGAAAAAAUGAAGACGCUGGUCCCUCUACAUCAAAGACUGUUAGAGGAGUCAAAAUGGAAUCCAAGAGACCAAGAGAAGGAGGCAGAAGGCGGAACCUCCAAGGCGCAAAAAGGGGUCAUCGGUGUACUACAUAUGGUUGUAAUCGAUCGUUUCUCACCAUGCAAGAUCUUAUUACCCACGUGUCUGUCCACUAUAAACCCACUGAGUCUUUGCAAGAUAAAAAGUUCAUAUGCUCAAUGAAUGACUGUGGUGAGACCCUGGACAGUAUGCAAGACCUUAUGACCCAUCUAAAGGUCCAUUACAAGCCAAAUCGCUAUUUUAAGUGUGAGAACUGUAUGCAGCCGUUUCGUACACACCGCUCGCUGUUCAAGCACCUUCAUGUGUGUUCCGACAACCUUUCACGCUCCGACAGCACAACCACCAUGUCUCUUCCCACUGAUAUUAAGCCAGCUUCAGUGAGCCGCCAGACAAGUGUUAUCCAGUGCGCCAAGAAAGACACUCCCCUCCCAGUGGCUGAGGAUUCAACAAAAUCUAUUGCAACCGUUUCAGUUUCCUCCGUCCCUGGUGGUCAAAUGUCUUCAGUGAGCAAACUGGCUUCUGAGACUUCUAACUCUUUUCCUGCCCUUAGCCCUUCUUUGUUUGCAAGUCGGCUCCCAGGUCCACAGCGGUCAUCUGUUACUGGAUCCUAUCUAAACUACCUCCACCAAUCGGCAUACUCUUUACCUCAGGGUGCAGUCCCACAGAAACUUAGGCCAUUCCUUGGGACUCAAGGACUGCCUGUCUCCAACGCCAUGUGGAAAAAGAACCAAGGACACACAAGCAACAGCCGCAUUGUUUGGGAACACACCAGAGGUAGCUACAAGUGUAUGCAAUGCAGUUUUACUACUUCCACGAGGGACCAGAUGGAUAAACACAUUGAGGAAAUACAUAAAAAUCCUACACCAGCCAGACCUCGAGAAGAUAUAGAUUAUGACAUGGAUCUUCUCCCUUUCCACUCCAAGCUGCCGGCAGAAAUGGAACCCAGCCUUUUACCACAGGUCUGACAGAGAAGACUUCUCCAAGGCCUUCCCUUUUACAGCCCAGUGCCACCGAUAUCUUGGUGAUUGUUGCAGCCAUAAUUUAAGAAAAUGUGCUUUGACAGAACAAUACUUUGAAAUAGGCAAUUACAAUUUUUAAAUUGGUGGACUUGAAUUGAGGAAAUGCGGACUUGAAGAAGUGAAUACAGACGUUACAGUGCAAAAUUACUAAUUUCGAUGAAAAAUUUUGCUACUCCUUCAAUACUGGCUUCACUAUCUUACUCUAAGAAGUAUUUGGUGUUUUUCCACAACUAUUUUGUAUUCACGCUUGCUUAUUUUGAAGCCAUUCUAUUUCUAUUACAAUAGGCACACACGGGCAUGCUGGUAACGAAACAAAUCAUUAUAACCUCAGGUUUUCCAAUCACUGGAGCUUAAAAAUGAAUAAUACAGUUGGGUGUGUGCUGACUUCUUAACUAGGUUCUGCUCCGUAUUAUUUGGACAUCCGUGUCACAAAUGCAGGAUAAAUAGGUUGUAAUUGUAUUGCAUUAUUUGGUGCCAUGUGAACAAAAUGCAAUACAAACAAAAACUAGGACAAACUAGUUUAAAAUAAGAAAAUAUGUAGUUGGUGUGCGAGUUAGAAUAUGAAAAUAAUGAGGCUGCCUUUGGGGUUCCACAUUAUGUUGGAAGUUUACAGCUGUUUAAAAUCCAGUUGCAAAAUAAUAGAACAUCUUCAAUUUUUUACCCAUCACCACCUAAUUCACCAUCUAAAGCUCCAGGGGCUUAGAAAAUUGCCAUGCAUAUGGAAAAAUAUGCUUACGCUAAAGGGGCAAAAAAAUUGCCAAUGGAAUGGACAUCUUACAAAAAUGUUUGAAGGUCCAAUUAGGUAAUUAAGUACCAAUGAGGAUCCAUUCACAGCAGAAUUCAGUAUGCCAUGGUGAGGGGCUUUUGGCAGCCUAUUCAAACUGAAUUGGCUGUAACGCACCUCAUUGCAUGAAAAAUAGGUUCUGCUGCAUUUUUGGGGGGGGGGGGGGCACAGUGUUGAACAUGCCAAGGGAUACUUUUCAAAAUGAAAUGCACUGCAAUGCAGUAAUGCAUUCAUGGUGUAUUACAGAACACGGUUGCCCUCUCUCUUUAUGCCUCUAUUCAGUGUGCUGGAGAUUCUUAUUAAUAUACAGGAUUUAUAUAGCGCCAACAGUUUGCGCAGCACUUUACAUUGUGAGUGCAGACAAUACAGUUACAAUACAAUUCAAUACAAGAGGAAUUGGAGGGCUCUGCUCCUUAGAGCUUACAAUCUAAAUGGGAGAGGAUUUCCACCAUAUCACAAUCAUAUGGCGUAACCAAAAUGUAAGAAAUUGAUAGUGUGCUAUUUUCUACAGCCUUCUCGUUGUAUGUUUACACCAAUAAUCCUUCUGGGAUGGCAGCUGAUAGUCCUGCAGAUGUGCACACUUGUGCUGUUGCAUUUAGCAUUUCUAGGGUGCAAUGUGUUUCUUUGCGAUCAUGAAAAAGAUCACACUAUAAAGUAAUUGGUAAAAAAAAAAGGCAACAUUAUUUUUACUUUGUUGUACUUUAAAAAAAAAAAAAAGUUAAACCUAUGCGUACCAUACUACAUAACUAUCUAGCAACCUACUACUCCAUGGAUCUUAGGAGACUUGUGAAAGUGGCCAUUGCAGCUAAAGAUUUUUUUGGAGUCCUAGGUUCAGCUAAUGGAAUCUUGAUUCACAAUCGGAUUCAGAUAUGGAAUGGUAGCAAUGUUUACAACUGAUCAGUGAUAGUUCACACAAUGCGGAUAUAACAUCCCAUUUCAUUUUUGUAGACUUUGAGAUGUAAAUUAGUCAUGUGUAUUUAAAGAACUCCAGGGUGUUGCAUUAAUCCUGGGCCAACAUUUAUAAACAAAACUUUUUUUUUUCCAAUAAUUGUCACAUAAAUCAAACUUUAUUGACCUCAAGUCGGUGGGGGGUUGCUAAAUAUAUAGGAAAUAUAUUUGGAGACUUUUGGGGACCGAAAAAAAACUAAUUUAUGAUGGAUGUAUUUCCAGCUUCAGAGUAAAGUGAAUCUUACAAAUCAAUACCAGUGUUUAUUUAGAAGGGAAUGAUGAUGUAGAAGAUUUAAUUAUUUUUUCACAUUUUUGUAUAUAAUUUCACUAGAGGAAACUUUUUUGUCAGAAAAGUGCAUCUAGUUAUGUUUUUCCCCUAAAUAUUUGUAUGUCCAUUUUUUUUUAUCCUUAAAAUGCAUCCCAAAUAUGUGAAUAUACUCUCAUUAAAUAAAUAAUGUGGUCCGAUUACAAACAA